AUGUGUAUUGAACGUGACCGUAAAACAAGUAUCAAGGACGAAGAAGAGUUGCAGAAGAAAGACAAUGACAUUAAAAUCAGUGAAUGCAAGUGGAAUAUCGAAAAGGUCCGUUAUAGUGGUGAAUACACACCACGACCGUUGGGAUAUCACUUGCACUAUUUGGCAUCACCACUUAGCACCUUUCUACAGCUCCUCUCUUCCACACUCUUCCACGCAAGGUCUGAAAUGAUGAAGAGAGGUAGGAAUGUCUUGUUUAUGAUAAGCAGCAAUGGCGUCAGCGAUAUUUAUGAAGUCACUAUGGAUUUAAUCACAGAGAAGAGCAAAAGACUUUAG